CUUCCUUUAGGUCUAAGUGCACAUCUUUCGCAUUUCCUCUCCUCAACUUCUGACUUUGUGCACAAGCACGGCGCAACUAAUCCGCAAGAACUACACUAAAACAGAAAAGCCAGUAUGUCAUCUCAGCAGGAAGAGCAAUCUGCUAGCGUAUCAGGCUCCGGGGGUGCGAACGCUGGACUGAACGCUUCUGGCAGCGCGGAAACGAACAGCAAAACCACCAAGAAGACGCCUAAAAAGCUGGGCCAGAAGAAACAAGAGCAACAGCCAACGCCAGAACAAACAGACGAAGCCGAAGCCGAAGGCGGCGCCGAACAAGAAGCAUCAGCUGAAGCCGACGCAGAAGGCGACGGCGAAGCAGAAGCCGAACCACAAAUGGAGGCCGAGCAGCAACAAGAGCAAUCUCGCCAGCAAUCUCGUCGCCGCCAGAGUCGAGGUCGCGGCCGCAAAGGAGGCCAGCAGGAGAGCGACACCGAGUCUAUUGCGCGAAGCGACCAGAGCGCCGCAGGUGGUCGCCGUCAGCGCCAACGCCAAAAGAAGCAGCAACAGCAAACCAAGAACUCGCAAGGCGGUCCUCUGGACGGCAUCACUGAAGACCUGCCUGGUGGAGAAGCUGUCGGCCAGGCCGGCGAGCUCGUUCAGAACACUGCCGGUAACGCAGUCAACAGUGUGGGUGACACUGCCGGAAAGGCAUUGGGUGGUCUCACCGGUGGAGGCAAGCAGGGUCAGGAGCAAGGCGGCGGAGAGGAAGAUGGUGGUGGCGGCGAGCAGCUGCGUUUGAGACUGGAGCUGAACCUCGACAUUGAGAUCCAAUUGAAGGCAAAGAUCCAUGGUGACCUUACUCUUGGUUUGCUCAACUAGACUACUACAAAGGGCGUAUGGCGCGAAAAGCAGAGUUUUGUUUCUUAUGGAUAAUUGCAUGAUGUUACCGAGGGAGCUGGAUUGGACGACUGUGUAAUCGUAGAUGAUGGUUGCAAUGACGAGACUUUUUACCCAAG